GUUGCGGGUGUGGACACCGACUGUAUCGUUCCUGGUGGGAACGGAAGCCUUAAGUGAAAGAAGAGGAAGAAGAAGGAUAUUCGUUUAAUUCUUUCUUCUUAAGAAAUAAAAUAGGCAGAUGAUGGCACGGCUUGUUACAAAAUCGACGGAAUUGGCAAAACUUGGUAUUACUCACGCAAAACCUGUGCUGCAAGUAUGGUUGCAAUAUGCCAAAGUAGAACUGACGCCACCCUCUCUAAAGGACAUCCCUGCGAUUCGUAGUGGAUUUUCAAAGCUGAUUCAUGCUGCACGGACUGGUCGCUAUCGUGAUGUCACUGUGCGCGAGGGUAUUAUAAAUACUUUAGUGGCUGCCGAAAUUUAUUGCUGGUUCUUUGUUGGAGAAUGUAUCGGAAAACGGCAUAUUGUUGGAUACAAAGUAUAAGUACAUUGUAUAAUAUAGAUAAUCCUGUAUAAAUUGUAGACCUGCUCAUAAAUAUACAAAAAUGUAAAUCGAAA